AUGCACGCUGCCGCCGUGCUACCACUGCUUGUGCUCCUGCUGCCUCCGCUCGCCGCCGCGCUGGACGCGAGCUGCGCGCCGGCGUCGUGCGGGAACCUGCCCAUCAGGUACCCGUUCUGGCUGCGCGGCCGGCAGCCUCCCUCCUGCGGCUACCCGUCCUUCGGCAUCGACUGCGACCCGGACGGCGCGCCGCCGCUCCUGAACGGCUCCUACCUCCGCGUGCUCGACAUCCAGUACGGCAGCAGCUCCGUCGUGGCGUUCCACACGAACCUGGCCGACGACCCCACCGGCUGCCGCGCCACCAAGUUCAACCUGUCCGCCAACCUCGCGCUCUCGCUCGUCGCCAUAAGCCGCGCCAACUGGGGGCUGUUCCUCUGUUCCAACUGCUCGCGGGCGCCUCCGGCGGGGUCGUUCCCGAUGAACUGCACGGGCCCGGGCCGGUGGUCCGUGUACCUGAGCCGGAGCUACGAAACCGGGGGGCCCGUGCAGGAGGCGGCGUCGACGGGUUGCCAGUACGCGGCCGUGCCGGUGAUGCCCGGGUCUGAGCUGAGGGCGCUGGGAGACUACGAGAGGCUCGUCAGGCGCGGGUUCCUGCUGGAGUGGACGCUGCCCGGGGACUGCGCGGCGUGCGACGCGACCGGAGGUCAGUGCCGGCACGACGCCAAAGUGAACGCGUUCAGAUGCCUCUGCCCCGACGGCAGCCCACAGUCGGCGACGUGCCCGCUUGGUGAGUUAGUUACCGAUCCCACGAUUCCGUACGAGUCCUUUUUUUAA